AUGCAGGAAGUCAGUAGCACCGGCAGCGGCGAUAUCGACGAUUUCAUCGAUAUCGAAAGUUUCAACCGCACCAGGGUCACUCCGCGGAUGAAAUUUUUUGAAAAUUUAAAUGAUGGCGUCGAUGAAAAAAUGAGAAAUUUAUCAAACGCCAACCUUUCGAGCUCAGUGCGCAAAGAAGUUGAUGGUUCAACUUCAAUUUUUUAUGAAAGAGAUGCAGAUGAUAGUUCAGAUUUGUUGAAUGAUGGUCGUAUUUUGGAUGAUUUGAACAAAACUUUUACUGAGGAGGACAAGUCAGUUCAUCGUGCUACUUCAAAUAAAGAUUCAACAGUUUUGAACAAGUCAAAAUGGCUAAUAAAUAGUCAUAAUAUGUUAGAAAAAGAUGGGAGAGUUGAUAACAUUAUAAAGAAUUCAGACAAUUCAUUUUUAAAAACAAGAUCAGAAAUGUUAUCUAUGUGGAAUGAUUUCGGUAUAGACGAUGAUGAUUCUUCUCAAUGGACUGAAAAUUCAGAAAUAAGCUCAAUAGAUGGCAAACAAAAACGAGUUAGAAUGAAGUCUGAAAAUUUGAACAUGGAAAUUUUAAAUAGAAAUUCAUUAAAUUCAACAAAUAACAAAUUUGUUAAAUGUUCUUCUGAAAAAAAAACUGAAUGGAGAAAAAAAUUAACAAUGCCUCAACCAUUUAUGUUUCUUAGAAAAAGUUCCAGCAAAACCAAUCAGUAUAAAAAAACUAAAGCCAUGAUUGAACUGGAUGAAAAAAGAAAAAAGAAGGAAGAUGAAGAUACACUGGAAUGUUCCAAACAGUUCAAAGCAAAUCCUCUGCCAAAAUUCCUUAAAAAAUCUUCUAGCAUUAAGGUUGUCUGUGAAUCUUUGAACAGAAAUAAAGUAGAUCAUAAUGAUGUUAGUGCAUCAACACCUAAAUGUUCAGUCACAAGAAGGUACAGUCACGAUUACACAAGAGAUGGCCAAAACAAUUUUGCAAGUGGUCAAAAAUUGAAGUUUAAAAGGACUGAAUCUAAAACUGAACAUAAUAAAACCAUAACAAACAACAAUAAUUGUGCAAAUAAUGUUUUAAAUAGAAGUUCUUAUAAAAACUUCAACAACAACAACAGUAAGGUGUCCACCUGCAACAGUUUCAACAAAAGUUCACCUGGCAACAAGAUAAUCAUUGAAAAUGACACUUCAUUUAAGGCUCAACCCUUUCCAACUAAACUGUUCAACAAAUCCAUUGAUGAGCAAUCAAUAAAACAAGAACGAAGAAUGAAGUUGAUGACAAGAGCUGAGAUGUUGAAAGGUGCCAAGUUGCCUUCUUCCAUGCAAGCCAGGAAAAACACGACAAACAAGCAGGAGGGCCUCCCGAAUGAAGCAAGAUUAGCAAGCCAAUGUUACAGCUACACAAGUGAUAUUCAUAAUUACUUUGGCUGUAGCAUUCCUGGUGAGGAGGGGGAAGAUAAAGAUGGAGUGGUCGACUCAUCUGGGAAGAAUUCAAUCAAUGUUAAAGUCGUCAGAGCCACCAAAUCCUUCAACAUUAAGAAACCAUCAUCAAUAUCUUCAACAAAAUCAUCAACUUCAUCAUCCAUGGCCUCAAAUUAUUCACCGCCAUCAUCGCUGUCAUCAUCAUCAUGUCUUGAUGAAACAAUUGAUGACAAAAUUAGGAUUAACAAGUUGAAAUUAGAUGCUUACAACCAGAAGUUAACUGUUUAUAUUAAGCAGCUUGAAAAAGAGGCAGCCAUAGUUCCACUAUGA